CGGAAUACGGGUGGGGAAAAUAACAACGCUCGCCAAAUCGGCACAGGUCCGUCAAGCCAAAAGCACCGCGGCUGCUACAAAAGUGCUAAAGCUGUAUUUACCUCUCUAUCUAAUCCAGACAGCGGAAAGAAAGCGCCCUAUUUCUUCCAGCUCGGUGUUUAAACGGUAGAUGUUGCAGCACUGCUUUGCGCUGUUGCAAAGGAGGACGUUGGAAUAAACAUGACAGAAAACCAGUUCUGAUGCUCUUUACCUUUAUGGAAGAGCUCCUUCAUACUUCUGCAAGAAAAGCACCUUUUGGGUCAGUGGAGCUUGACAUCUGCAGCCAAUCAUGUUCAGCCUGAUCAAAAAAGACAAGGAAAAGGAAAAAGAUGGUUCAAAGAAGGACAAAAAAGAGAAGAAGGACAAGAAGGAGAGGAUGUCCCAGGCUGAGCUGAAGAGCCUGGAGGAGAUGAGUGUGAGGCGGGGUUUCUUCAAUCUUCACCGUGGUGGUUCCAAGCGAGACUCCAAAGGUAAGCUGGAGAUCUCCAGCCCCAUCCCCAUCAAAGUGGUUAGCAACACGGAGCUCACCCUGACGGACAUGGAUGCUGAGAGGUUCAAUAACAGAGGCAGUGUGGUCCUGGACGCAGGGCCCAUGAGUGCUUCCAGCUCCAGUGAUGAUGUUAAGGCAGAGAAGGACGCCCAAAGGUCCUCUGUCAAAGAGAAGGCUGCCAAAUUCGGAUCUUUGGCAAAGCAGAAUUCACAAGUGGGCCAGAUCAUGAAACGCUUCUCUUUCUCUCAGAGGAGCAAAGAGGAGAGUCCCUCAGAAGGCUCGAAUCCAUCCGCACCCAACUCCGCCACCCCUUCUCCCCAAGUGGAGGCCAAAGUUUUUAACCCCCAGAUCAAAUACAUCUCCCACCGCCGUGCGCCUCUCAAGAAGGUCCAGAUACCCAUGUUGGUGGAGAAGGUUUUCCCGGCAGACUUGCGUUUGCCUGCUGUGAUGCCUCCCUCAGUCCCUGAGCCCAGGGAGCUGGAGCUUCAGCGGCGCAACACAGGCGACUUCGGCUUCUCCCUUCGCCGGACCACCAUGCUGGAUCAUCGGCCUGAUGGCUCAGUCUACCGACGGGUGGUCCACUUCGCUGAGCCGGGCGCCGGAAACAAGGACCUGGCCCUGGGUCUGGUGCCAGGAGACCGUCUGGUGGAGAUCAAUGGGCUGAAUGUGGAGAGUAAGAACAGGGAUGAGAUCGUGGAGAUGAUCCGUCAGUCCGGAGACACUGUGCGUCUGAAGGUGCAGCCCAUCGUGGAAUUGAGUGAGCUGAGCCGCUGCUGGCUCAGGAACACCACGGGGCUGCGCAGGGAGGCUUAUGAGGUGAAGACAGAGGAACAGAUAGCUGCAGAACGAGCCUGGUACGGCACAGAGAAAGUAUGGCUGGUUCACAAGGACGGCUUCUCUUUAGCGACACAGCUGAAGACAGAGGAGGGCAGUCUGCCCGAGGGGAAGGUGAAGAUUAGACUGGAGCAUGAUGGGACGCUGCUGGAGGUGGAUGAGGAUGACGUGGAGAAGGCAAACCCUCCGUCGUACGACCGUGUGGAGGACCUGUCUGGGCUGCUGUACCUGAACGAAUCCAGCGUCAUGCACUCCCUGCGUCAGCGGUUCGGAGGGAACCUCAUCUACACGUACGCUGGGCCCAACAUCGUCUUCAUCAACCCCGCCAGCGCUCCGUCCAUGUACUCCGAGAAGGUGAUGCACAUGUUCAAGGGCUGCCGGAGGGAGGACACGGCCCCACAUAUCUACGGUGUGGCUCAGGCCGCGUACCGGAAGCUGCUGACCACACGGCAGGACCAGUCCAUUGUGCUGCUGGGUAAAAGCGGCAGUGGCAAGACCACCAACUGCCAGCACCUGGUGCAGUACCUGGUGUCCAUCGCAGGCAGCAGUGGCAAAGUCUAUUCAGCUGAGAAGUGGCAGGCUGUCUACACCAUCCUGGAGGCCUUUGGCAAUUGCAGUACAUCCAUGAAUGGAAAUGCCAGUCGCUUUUCCCAUAUAGUCUCCCUUGACUUUGACCAGGCUGGCCAGGUGGCUUCAGCUUCCAUUCAGACGAUGCUGCUGGAGAAGUCGAGGAUCGCCAGGCAACCAGAGACUGAAUCCACUUUCAAUGUUUUCUAUUACAUGAUGGCCGGAGCUGAUGGUUCUCUCAAGACGGAACUGCACUUCAACCACUUUGCUGAGAACAGCGCCUUUGGAAUCCUGCCUCACUCCAAGCCUGAGGAAAAGCAGAAAGCUGCACAGCAGUUCACCAAGCUCCAGGCUGCUAUGAAGGUGCUGAACAUUUCAGCAGAGGAGCAGAGGGCCUUCUGGCUGGUCCUGGGGGCAAUCUACCACCUUGGAGCUGCAGGGGCCACCAAAGAGUCAGAUGAAGCUGGACGUAAGCAGUUUGCGAGACACGAAUGGGCUCAGAAGGCCGCGUAUCUGCUGGGCUGCACCCUCGAGGAGCUCUCCUCAUCUAUCUUUAAACCACAGGCCAAGGGCACGCUCCCCCGAUCCUCCAGCGUCCGCCUGGGGGCCGAAGACUCGGGAGAUAGCUCAGGGUCUAAGGCCACGGCGAUGGAGUGUUUGGAGGCCAUGGCUGCUGGUUUGUACUCUGAACUCUUCACUCUGCUCAUCUCCCUCAUCAACAGAGCUCUGAAGUCCUCUCAGCACUCUCUGUGCUCUGUGCUGAUUGUGGACACUCCAGGUUUUCAGAAUCCUCGGCAGGUUAAGAGUGAGAGAGGAGCCACGUUUGAGGAGCUCUGCCACAAUUACGCUCAGGAGCGUCUGCAGGCCCUUUUCCACGAGCGCACGUUUGUUCAGGAGCUGGAGCGUUACAAGGAGGAAAACAUAGAGCUUGCCUUAGAUGACAUCGAGCCCAGCACUUCACUCUCCAUUGCUGCUGUAGACCAAGCCUCCAGUCAAGCUUUGGUACGAACCCCAGCGAGGACAGAUGAGGCGAGGGGGCUGCUCUGGCUAAUGGAGGAGGAGGCACUGCAGCCAGGAGGAUCAGAGGACACACUGCUGGAGAGACUCUUUGGCUACUAUGGGCCUGCAGAGGGAGAGAGCAAAGGUCACACAUUGCUGUUAAAGAGUGAGCGACCACAGCACUUUCUGCUUGGCCACGGCCAUGAGACGGACUGGGUGGAGUACGACGCACGUGGUUGGCUGAAUUAUGCCAAGCAAAAUCCCGCCUCCCAGAACGCAGCCAGUCUGCUGCAGAAUUCCCAGAAGAAGAAUAUCAGCGCUUUGUUCGUUGGUCGUUCUGGUAGCGCGACGGUGCUGUCGGGCUCCAUCGCUGGCCUGGAGGGCGGCUCUCAGCUCGCCCUGCGCCGGGCCACCAGCAUGAGGAAAACCUUCACCACCGGCAUGGCUGCUGUGAAGAAGAAGUCUCUCUGUAUCCAGAUCAAACUGCAAGUGGAUGCAAUACUUGACACUGUCCGGAGGUCCAGGGUUCACUUUGUCCACUGCCUGCUGCCCCUGGCGGAUGCACCACAAGCAGGCUCUCCUGAAGCUCAGAGCGAGAGCUGUGACCCCGGCCUGAUGCAGCUCGACGUGGCCUUACUGAGGGCCCAGCUCCGUGGCUCUAAGCUGCUGGAUGCCCUCCGCAUCUACAGACAAGGUUAUCCUGACCACAUGGUCUUCUCCGAGUUCCGCCGCCGCUUCGACGUCCUGGCUCCUCACCUGACCAAAAAGCUUGGCCGCAACUACAUCGUAAAGGAUGAGAAGAGGGCCGUAGAAGAGCUGCUGGAAUCUCUGGACCUGGAGAAGAGCAGCUAUCAUAUGGGCCUCAGCAGGGUGUUCUUCAGAGCGGGGACUUUGGCUAAACUCGAGGAGCAGAGGGAUGAGCAGACCAGACGAAACAUCACGCUGUUCCAGGCCGCCUGCAGGGGAUACCUGUCCCGCCAGGCCUUCAAGAAGAGAAAGGUGCAGGACCUGGCCAUCCGCUGCAUCCAGAAGAACAUCAAGAAGAACCGGGGCGUGAAGGGCUGGCCCUGGUGGAAGCUCUUCACCAAUGUGCGUCCUCUCGUCGAAGUGCAGCUGACUGAGGAGCAGAUCCGAGGCAAAGAUGAGGAGAUCCAGAAUCUGAGAAUGAAGCUCGAGAAGGUAGAGAAGGAGAGGAACGAGCUCAGGCUGAACACAGAUCGGCUGGAGAGCAGGAUCACAGAGCUGUCGACGGAGCUCACGGAUGAGAGGAACACCGGAGAGUCCGCGUCCCAGCUGCUGGAGACCGAGACGGCAGAGAGACUGCGCCUGGAGAAGGACAUGAAGGAGCUGCAGGCAAAGUUUGAUGCGAUGAAAAAGCAGAUGGAGUCUAUGGAGAUGGAAGUGAUGGAGGCGCGGCUCAUCAGGGCGUCGGAGCUCAACGGAGAGAUGGAUGACGACGAUGAUGAAGCUGGAGGUGAAUGGAAGCUGAAGUACGACAGAGCUAUCAGAGAAUCAGAGUUCACUAAGAAGCGAUUACAGCAGGAGUUUGAUGACAAGUUGGAGACAGAGCAGCAGAACAAGAGGCAUCUAGAGAGAAAACUAACUGACCUACAGGCGGAUUAUGAGGAGAGCCAGCGCUCUCUGCAGCAGGCAAAAAAGAAGAGUCAGAGACUCAUGGCUGAGCUCCAGGAUACCAAGCUGCACCUGGAAGGACAGCAGAGCCGCAACCACGAGCUGGAGAAGAAACAGAGGAAGUUUGAUCUGGAGCAGAACCAGGCUCAGGAUGAAGUGCAGAGAGAGAGGAUUCAGCGGGAGAAGCUGUCCAGAGAGAGAGACGUGCUGACCGGAGAAGUGUUUACAGUCAGACAGCAGCUGCAGGAUAAGGAGGUAGAGCUCUGUGGGCUGAACGUGAAGCUGGAGCAGCUGGAGGCGGAGCUCCAGGAUCUUUCCUCUCAGGAGUCAAAGGACGAGGCCUCGCUGGCCAAACUCAAGAAACAGCUCCGCGACCUGGAAGCGAAGGUCAAAGAUCAGGAAGAGGAGCUGGAUGAACAGGCUGGAACCAUCCAAAUGCUGGAGCAGGCCAAGUUGCGUCUCGAGAUGGAGAUGGAGAGGCUGAGGCAGACGCACUCGAAAGAGAUUGAGAGCAAGGAUGAAGAGGUGGAAGAGAUCAGACAGUCCUGCAGUAAGAAGCUGAAGCAGAUGGAAGUACAGUUGGAGGAGGAGUACGAUGAUAAGCAGAGGGUUCUGAGAGAGAAGAGAGAUCUGGAGAAUAAACUGCUCAGUGCUCAGGAACAGGUGAGCCAAAGGGACGUGGAGACGGAGAGGCGUCUAAAGAAAGAUCUCAAGCGCACCAAGGUCCUGCUGGCUGAUGCCCAGGUCAUGCUGGAUCAUUUGAAGAACAAUGCGCCAAGCAAGAGGGAGAUAACUCAACUGAAGAACCAGCUGGAGGAGUCAGAGUUCACCUCUGCAGCUGCCGUGAAAGCUCGCAAGUCAAUGGAGCUGGAGAUUGAGGACCUGCACAUCCAGAUGGAGGACAUAUCCAAGGCCAAGAUGUCUCUGGAGGAGCAGGUGAGCCGGCUGCAGAGAGAGAAGAACGACCUGCAGUCUCGUCUGGAGGAGGACCAAGAGGACAUGAACGAGCUGAUGAAGAAGCACAAGGCAGCUGUGGCACAGUCUGCGAGAGACCUGGCCCAGAUCAGUGACCUGCAAGCUCAGUUGGAGGAGGCUGCAAAGGAGAAGCAGGAGAUUCAAGAUAAGCUCCAGUCUCUGCAGAGCCAGCUUGAGUUCCAGGAGCAGUCCAUGGUGGAGAAGUCCCUGGUCAGCCGGCAGGAGGCCAAGAUCCGCGAGCUGGAGACCAAACUGGAGUACGAGAGGACCCAGAUCAAACGCCUGGAGACUCUGGUGGCACGGCUGAAGGAGAACCUGGAGAAGAUGACGGAGGAGAAGGACCAGCGUGUGACCGGUGAGAACCGGGAGAAGGAGCAGAACAAGCGCAUGCAGCGGCAGAUGCGCGACAUCAAGGAGGAAAUGACUGAGCUGGCCAAAAAAGAGGCAGAGGCCAGUCGCAAGAAACAUGAACUGGAAAUGGACAUUGAAAGCCUGGAAGCAGCCAAUCAGAGCCUGCAGGCAGACCUCAAAUUGGCCUUUAAGAGGAUCGGGGAUCUGCAGGCAGCCAUUGAGGAUGAGAUGGAGAGUGACGACAAUGAUGACCUCAUCAACAGUUUACAAGACAUGGUGACAAAGUAUCAGAAAAGGAAGAACAAAACUGGAGAUGACUCAGACCUGGACUCUGAGGUGGAGGACCGCGUGGAUGGGGUGAAAUCAUGGCUCUCGAAGAAUAAGGGCUCCACCAAGACUCUAUCAGACGAGGGCAGCUUGAAGACCCCCAGCCUCAAAUACCCUAACGCAGCUAAUGCUGAUGUCAAAGAGGUAAAAGAAGGGAAAGAGGGUAAGGAAGGGCAGGAAAUGAAAGAAAAAGAUGGCAAAAAUGCAGAGCAGAUCAGGUCAGUGUCUGUAAUGAGCUCCCUCAGCUACAGGAAGCGCUCCAACCUGAAGGACUCCAUCGGAGGCAAGGGGGACGAGAGCUCCCUCUUUAGCGCCCUGAAGGAGCAGCCGGACACCCCGGACCACUCCUCGUUCCGCAAAGCAAAGAACAAAUCUGGCGAGAAGGCUGGAGAUGAUCCAGAUGACCGGGGCUCUGUCAUCUCCCAAGCUUACUCUGAGGCCACAAGCAUGGCCAGGAAAGGUCUUGACAGACGCUGGACCAAGAGCAGCCCAGAUUUUGAUAAAGAAUCCACUGUGUCCUCUGUGGCACCCAGCAGAGCCUCAACGCGCCGUGGCUUGGACCAGGAUGAUGACGCCAAGUCCACCCUGAGCAACUACAGCUUGCGCCGCAGUACCUCAUGGAUGGAUGACAGCCGUAGCGACUUUGGGCCUUUGACCAGUCCUGGCCUGAGUCGGCGCUCAGGAGGACGGAGUCCUGGAAGCAUCAGCCUUACCUCUCGGACGUCGUUGGCCCGCAGUAGCCGGCUAAGUGAGUUUGGUGUGGACUUGGAUGAUGAUGACGAUGCUAUGAGUGUGGCCUUCAGCGAGGGUGGAGUCUCGGCCUAUAGCCCUCGGUCUCUGGGGCGGAGCCUGUCCACCCCUGCCCAGGCUCGCUCUUCCGAAGAUGGCCAGGAAGGCACGGAUAUCAAACCAGUCAGUCACCGGAACUAUCUAGACCCAGAUCUGGAAAAAGCAAUCAAUGAAGUCCUCAGCUUCAAGCCUAUCAAGUUCAAGCGCCGCAGUCUGGAAGACUCGGAUGAAGAGCAAGACAAGGGAGGCGCAGAAGAAGGGAAGGACAACCGAACGGGUGUACGCAGUCUCAGGAGUGCCCUGCAAGAUGAUGAUGACGAUGCUGGUCUAGGCCGAAGCACAUCCAGUCUGCGCCGCUCAGCAUCUGGCUCAGCACUGGACUAUGGCCGCACCUCCAGCAGCUUAAGCUCUCGCAGCCGAAGCAGCAGCCACAAAGCCAAGAAGAAGAAGAAGAAACGAGACUCUGAAUCAGAGAGCUCCUCAGAGGAUGACCGCAGGAAGAGCUCCAGGAAUAAAGGGAAGAAAGGGUCCAGGAAGAGCAGGAAGAAGGAGAGCGAGUCUGAAUCUGAAUCCGAAUCAGAAUCAUCUGAGUCAGAAUCCUCAGAUUCCGAAUCGUCCUCCAGCUCUGGGUCCACCGUCUCCUACCGGAGUUCCAGCAGCAUCAAGAAGGGCUUAGGCAGGGGUGCAAUUGGAUCGGACGGGGAAAGGGGACCAGAUGGUCCUGGGGAGAGACCCCCGAGCAAGAAAGAAGACAAGAGGAAGAAAAAGAAAGUGGACAACCUGAUGAUGAAAUACCUCUACAGGCCUGAUGAUGAUUAAAAACGUGCAGCAGCCCACCUCUCUACAAGAGACACUUGAGCCGAACAGUGGAGGAAACUGCCGAGGAAGAGAAAGAUCUCCAGCAGUCCAGCCAAACUCUCGUUAUCGACGGCAAUGACGAUACCAGGCUUGCGGAGGCCACAGCGUAGAUCUGAACCAUCGCUAACGUGAACCCGUGCACUGGAUUUGAGGAAGAUCUCUCACUCCUUGACGUAGCCUUCUGCUUAUCUCAGACACUCUGGGCUGCUUGCGGCCCUAUUGGACAAAAAUGAACCGUAGUGUACAUGGUUUGUGUUAUUUAAUGAUAGAGCUUUAAAAUAAUGAUGUAGAACUCUGCAUUGAAACCAUUGCCUCUUAAAGUGUUCUUUACACUAUGAACUUCUCAUCAUCCAUCAGUGAUGAGACUAGUUGAUCACUGCUGGCUUCCAAAUCCCAAAAUCCCCAUCCAUCUUUCUGAUCUUCCACUGCAUCUUAAAUAGGCAGUAUUGCUAAUGUGAGACUGUUUUAGGAAGAUUAUUCAACCUGUUUAACCCAUUUCUUUACAUUGUAACUUAUUUGAAUUAAUGGUAACACUUUCUAUGAAUGUCACCUUUGUAAGC